AUCCCAGGGCGCUGCGACUUAAGGGUAAAAGGCACGGCCUCCAUUCCCUGCGCGUUCGGGUCCUGCCUCAGCCCCGCCUCGGAACCCGCCCGUCGCCUCCUGUGGAAGACCCACCCGCUGCCCUGCCGGUGAAUCGCCUGUGGUGGAGCCGGCCUCGGGUCGCUAACCAGCGGCCCCGUCCCUGCAGGAGUUGGAGAACCCUGGUCUAAGAGGGAAGGACCCGAGGGACCACAUAUGCUCUUCAAAAGGAGGUCCUCCAGCUGUUUAGAUGAAAUAUAAGGUAAAAGAAUGCAGACAAGCAUGGAAAGUGAGGACACAAAGAAAAUACAAGAAAUGAAGACUGACCUGAACUUAUUAUUGGAGUGUCUGAAGUAUCAAAUGGACAAUGCUUUUUCGCAAAAGGAAGCUCUUGUCACUAUUCAUUCAAUUUGCCAACAAAACAGUAAUGCAAGUCUUUAUUUUCGGGAAAUUGGUGGUUUGAUGUUUGUAAAAAAUCUUGCAAAGUCAAGUGAACAUAGUAUGGUAAAAGAAGCAGCAUUAUAUACAUUAGGAGCUGUUGCAGAACAAAAUGUUUACUGUCAGCAGACUUUGUGCACUUCAGAAUUGUUUGAAGACUUAACUUGGUUCUUAUCCAACAAUGAUUCAAACACAAAUUUGAAAAGAAUGUCUGUCUAUGUUAUUUUGGUUCUAGUUUCAAACAAUAGGACUGGACAGACGCUUGUGAGAGAAACAGGUUGUAUUUCAGUUCUAUCACAGUUGUUCAAGACAGUUCUUUCAAAAUAUGAGUUGAAUUUGUCAGAUGGAAAUGUUUUCCAGAGUUAUCAGUUGUGGUCUUCAGUGUGUAGUACUCUGUGUGUCUGUGUCAACAAUCCUCAAAAUGAUGAAAAUCAAAUGCUUUGCUCUUCACUUUUUCCACAUGCUAAUGACUGGCUAAUAAAUUGCAUGAAACCUGAGAUAAUUCGCCCUAUUUGCUCAUUUAUUGGACUCACUCUUGCAAAUAACACAUAUGUGCAGAAAUACUUUAUAUCUGUGGGUGGACUGGAUGUAUUGUCUCAAGUUCUUGUGCAGUUGGAAUCUGAUUCACACAAGACUCUUUCCAGUGCUAAGCUUGCAGUGGUGGUGACAAAGACAGUGGAUGCAUGUAUUGCUGAUAAUCCUACUUUUGGGGUAGUACUAUCCAAGUACCACAUUGUUUCAAAACUUCUGGCAUUACUGCUUCAUGAAAGUCUGGAUUCAGGAGAAAAAUUUAGUAUCAUACUUACUGUUGGUCAUUGUACAGAGGAUUGUGAGGAAAAUCAGUAUGACCUUUUUAAAAGCAAUGGGCUUCCACUCAUGAUACAAGUCUUAACUGAAUCUCAGAACGAGGAACUAAACAAAGCUGCCACUUUUGUGCUUCACAACUGCAAAAAAAUUACUGAGAAAUUAUCUCUAAGUCUAGGAGAAUAUUCUUUUGAUGAAAAUGAAGAACAAUUAAAGGAUGUACAUAUGAAAGAGAAGAAUCUUGAAGAUUACUGGAAGAAAGCGAAGGAAAUUCUACACAGAAUAGAACAGCUUGAAAGAGAAGGAAAUGAGGAAAGAGUACAAAGAGAAAAAUAUAAGGAUUAUGUUUCAUCUAUGAACAUAAAUAUUCAAAAUACAUUGAAACACCUCCACGCAGAUAGCAGUGGUGGAGGUCCCAAAGCAGAAGAUAAGGAUAAAAGCCAGUCUACAAAGCUUCAGAGUUAUAAGUCCCAUGAAGUCAUGUCUAAAGCAUGUACAAAUGAUGAUCAAAUGAAGACCUUGUUAAAGAGUGCAAAUCCAGUUAAUGCUUGUUAUAGGGAGAGUGGGCAAAAUAAGACUUUAUGUAAAGCCAAUUCAAGCUGCAAUCAAAACUUACGUGAAGAAACAACCUUUGAAAAAAAGAAUUUUGUUUCUCAAUCAAGCGACCAUAUUUUUAAACAUCCAACUCCUAUUGCCAAAAACACAAAGCAGCAGUUACCAGUAACAGAUCCAUUUACAUUAUGUUCAGAUAUAAUAAAUAAAGAAGUCAUUGGUUUUCUAGCAUCAGACAAUUGUUCCAAAAUAUUGAAGUAUAGAUGCUCAGGUUGCAUAGCAGUAGGAAAAUCCCUGAAUAGCCGAAAUUUUAGCAAGCUCUUACACUCUUGCCCAUACCAAUGUGAUCGUCACAAAGUCAUUGUGGAAGCUGAAGACAAAUAUAAAAGUGGACUAAGGAAAUCACUUAUCUGUAACAAAAAAAUUCUGCUGACCCCACGUAGAAGACGACAACUCAAUAAUGAAUCUACUACCCCUGGAGGAAUAAAAAAAAGAAGAAUUCGUAAAAACUUUACUGAAGAAGAAGUAAAUUACCUUUUCAAUGGAGUUAAGAAAAUGGGAAAUCACUGGAAUUUAAUUUUGUGGUCUUUCCCCUUUCAGCAAGGACGGAAGGCUGUCGACCUUGCUCACAAAUACCACAAGCUGACCAAACGCCCCAAGUGUGUGGCUCCUUGACUGGAAGAAGACUUGUCAGUUUUUAGUUUGAUAUCUUAAAAUACAGUGUGUUGAAAAUAUAAAAUUUAAAAUAUUCUUACAAACUCUUAUGAGACAGGAAAUGUGGCAAUGGGGAUACUGUUUUAAUUAC